AUGGAUGUCACUUUGACUCUACCACCUCGCUCGAAAUUUGUACUCAUUUUGGAAUCAAGUGUAGCCGUCAUUUUCAUGUUACUGUCACUGAUUGGAAACUUUACAGUAUGCUUGGCAAUUUUUCAUAAAAGGCUUUUGAGAACGGUACCGAACUAUCUCCUGUUGAACCUGGCCACUGCAGACAUUUUCAGUGCCGUUAUCAGCUUCCCUCUGCUAGUCUCUGUCCUUAUCAGUGGUAAGUGGAUGUUUUCCAGAAGCGUUUGCCAAAUCCAGGCUUUUCAAAGCUAUGUCUCGUACUCUUGCAGUCUCUUGACACUUACCGUUACUAGCAUCACAAGAUAUUACGCAACUGUUCACCCAGUCAAACACAGAGGAGUAUUUAAAGUGAAAAAAGUUUUAGCAUUGAUCUCUAUCGUUUGGACCGCAUCAUGUGCGUUUGCCGCGAUGCCACUCCUCGGGUUGGGACGAUAUCAGUUUGAGGCUUUUUACGCUAUCUGUAUUCAUGACCACGACGCCAGUUCAUCGUACAACAUGUUUUCGUUCACCUUUUUGAUAGUGAACUCAACAGUAAUUGUGACUUGUUAUUCAAGAAUAUUCAAAGCCAUGAAAACAAGAAAGCGCAGAAUCCAUCAGUUGUUUGCCCAAGGUUCGACAUCGAGGCAGUUGGAGAUGAUAAACGCGCAAGAAGCAAAACUGACCAACACAAUCUUCAUCGUGAUAUGUCUAUUUACUCUAUGCUAUAUUCCAACAAUAGUGCUAGGAUUUUUAAUGUUUGUGACCGUGAAUGUUCCGCGCUUUGCCCGAAUGCUGUCAACAUUUUCAGUGGGAUUCACAUCCGUGGUAAAUCCAGUUAUCUAUUGGGUGCGCAGUAAAGCUUUUCGCGAAGCUCUUGUCGGGAUUUUUAGAAAAAAUAGUUUCGAGAGAAAUUCACUUCGAAUCGACGUGGGCGAGCUUACUAGAUGUUCCAAUCCAGUAGAGCUUGUUAAUGUUUCAAGAGGAGAUGAUGGAACCGUGAAGAAAAGGAAAACUACAAUUACUUCACCAGAGGUUAUCAUGUCUGAUUAA